UCCCGCAACCCAGCAUGGCUUCAGGGGACCUUUACGAGGUGGAGAGGAUUGUAGACAAAAGGAAGAACAAGAAGGGCAAAUGGGAAUAUCUCAUCAGGUGGAAAGGCUACGGAAGCAAUGAAGACACCUGGGAACCUGAACAUCAUUUACUACAUUGUGAGGAAUUUAUUGAUGAGUUCAAUGGACUACACGUUACUAGAGAAAAGCGAUCAAGACAUGGGAAACAGGCCAGCGCUCCAAAAUUUUUACGGGAAAGCCGAGGGUCAUCUGUUGAGAAAAUAUCACAUAGACCUUCUGAAUCUGGGAAGUCCAAAGGGUCAACACACAAAAGGAAGAGAAUUAAUCCAUCUCUUCAAAAACAGAAAAGAGGAUACACAGCAAAGCCAGCGUCUGCUAAUGACAGGGCUGCUAAAACUGUGACUUACCGAACUACUCCCAGCGGUUUACAGAUCAUGCCACUGAAAAAGCCACACAAUGGUCUGCAGAAUGGAGAUGGCAGUCAUGAAAAAGAUUCUAGACAUUUUGGGAAUGGCUCACAACAGCAAAAUACGGAUUUAAAUGAUCAUGAAGGAGAACAAAAUUUGCCCAGCGUGUUGGAAGUUAGUAAUGAUUCACCAGUUGUGAAUGGAAUCGGUUCUUCUCUGGCCAAUGGAAGCUUGAAUCUACACAGCACUGUGAAAAGGAAACUAGAUGGGGAGAAAGAUUAUGUCUUCGAUAAGAGACUAAGAUACAGCGUACGUCAAAAUGAAAGUAACUGCCGGUUCAGGGACAUUGUAGUCCGGAAAGAAGAUGGUUUCACACAUAUUUUGUUGUCGAGUCAGACUUCAGAUAAUAAUGCACUGACCCCAGAGAUCAUGAAGGAAGUUCGGAGAGCAUUGUGCAAUGCAUCAGCUGAUGACAGUAAACUCUUACUUCUCAGCGCAGUGGGAAGUGUAUUCUGUAGUGGCCUAGAUUACUCAUAUUUAAUUGGCAGGUUAUCCAAUGACAGAAGAAAGGAAAGCACUAGGAUUGCAGAAGCUAUAAGGGAUUUUGUAAAAGCUUUUAUUCAGUUUAAGAAGCCAAUUGUGGUUGCUAUCAACGGCCCUGCUCUUGGGUUAGGAGCUUCUAUUUUACCACUAUGUGAUAUCGUUUGGGCAAGUGAGAAGGCAUGGUUUCAGACACCAUAUGCAACAAUCCGACUCACUCCAGCUGGCUGCUCGUCAUACACAUUCCCACAAAUUCUGGGUGUUGCACUGGCAAAUGAAAUGUUGUUCUGUGGGAGAAAGCUGACAGCACAGGAAGCCUGCAGCAGAGGACUAGUGUCACAAGUAUUUUGGCCAACAACAUUUAGCCAAGAAGUGAUGCUACGAGUGAAGGAAAUGGCAUCCUGCAGCGCAGUGGUAUUGGAAGAGUCCAAAUGUCUCGUGCGGAGCUUCCUGAAAUCCGGACUUGAAGAUGUGAAUGAGAAAGAGUGUCAGAUGUUAAAACAGCUGUGGAGUUCUUCCAAAGGACUGGAUUCACUAUUCAGCUACUUGCAAGACAAAAUUUAUGAAGUCUGAUGUCUUGGCCUAACUUAAAGAGAGAAUGCUCCACUUGUGAACAGAGUCAGACAUUACCUGUGUUUGAAAAGCAGAGGCAAUGCAUCAUUGAGGAAUUUGUGACAGUGUAUCCUAAUACAUAUGGUUGUGUCGAUUUCCUUGUGAGCUACACAGCUGCUUGUAGCUGGUUUGAUUUUGUGUAACCGAGACGUAGGCAGGCU